UCCCUGCUCGUGCUCAUCUCACGCGAGCCAGCUCAGGGGCGCGUGCCACAUCCGACGCGGAGAAGGGGACAGCUCCCAGGUGCUGAAACUGGUCGGCGCUCCACAGAGAGAGAGAGAGAGGCACACUGAGACACAGAGGGGGGAAGGAAACCGACGCCUGCGUUAGAGACAGUUAUUUUAAAAAAGAAAAGAAAGCAAGAAAGAGAGAGAGAGAGAGAAAUAGUAUCCGUAUUCUGCAGAACAGGGGCAGAUAUACAGAUAAAGAGCCGAGGCCUUCAAAAACAGAUGGCUGCCACUCAGGAUGUGAAGGGGAAGGGGGAGGGAGGGGACCAGAACUUUGACUACAUGUUCAAGCUGCUGAUCAUCGGCAACAGCAGCGUGGGCAAAACGUCUUUCCUGUUCCGCUACGCCGACGACGCCUUCACCUCGGCCUUCGUCAGCACGGUGGGCAUCGACUUCAAAGUGAAGACCGUGUACAAGAAUGACAAGAGGAUUAAACUGCAGAUCUGGGACACAGCAGGCCAGGAGCGCUACAGGACCAUCACCACAGCCUACUACCGCGGGGCCAUGGGCUUCAUCCUCAUGUACGACAUCACCAAUGAGGAGUCCUUCGGCGCCGUGCAGGAUUGGUCAACCCAGAUAAAAACCUACUCGUGGGAUAACGCACAGGUGGUGCUGGCUGGAAAUAAGUGCGAUAUGGAAGAGGAGAGGGUGGUGUCAGUGGAUAGUGGCAGACUGCUGGCGGAACAGUUGGGCUUUGAGUUCUUCGAGACCAGCGCCAAGGACAACAUCAAUGUGAAGCAGACCUUCGAACGUCUCGUUGACCUUAUUUGCGACAAGAUGUCCGAGAGCUUGGACAGUGAUCCGGCCGUCACCACAGGAGCUCCCACUGCCAAACUCACAGACACCGCUCCGCCCCUCCAGCAGCCCGGAUGCAACUGUUAGUGACUGAUGUCAGGAGGCAAAGGGGAGGGAAGCGCAGGUCCCGUAAGGUGGUAGAGUUGUGUCCUUCCUCAGCGUUAUCACUCCUUCUAGUGCUGCUUUCUCUGGACUACAGUUCAAACCCUGUUUAGUGGUAGAAUUACAAAAUCCAGUCGUUAUCUCUCAACUUUAUCACCUUAUAUCAAGAGCAAAUAACCAGAAAAAAAAGAGAAAUGGCUAUUGUAAAAUGUGUAACAUUACAGGAUAUCUAGAUAUCAUAGAGACACCAUAUUCUCAUUCUUUAGCUAGUUAGUAUGGUUAUAAACCAAGUAUAUUUGAUAAGGCUUGAAAUAGUCCAUAGUCAUGAUGUACAGUUAAUCCUUAAGACCUUUAAAAUCUUUAAGACCUAGAAUAAUUAUGAAAUGAGGGAUAGAGUCAGUGAGUGCUUUAAUGAUUCUUUUAUUCUUGUUUUUUGUACGGUAUGUAUUUUCCUUUUAUAGGAUUAUUCUGUCUCCUAAAGCUGCCAAAUCUAUGAUUUAGUGCACUAUAGGAUGUAGCGGCUUUCUUUCAUGUAAUGAGUGUGUGUGGCUGUGGUGUGAUUGUACAGUAAGUGCGCGUGGGUUUGCAUGGGUGUGAGUUUUAAGUCGCAAACGAGUGCAACUUAGUCAUCUCAAAAAAAAAAAGAAAAAGAAAAAGAAAAAAAAUCAUCUACCUUGGAUAAAAAAAGUGGCCUUUCAGCAUCUCCAACACGGCCUCUGUAAGUUCCUUCGUCAUGCUUACUUUCAGAAUGAAUCCAGUACGUAUAAUGUUGAUGUGAGUACUGUUCCAUGUUUUUUGCUGUCUGUAGAUGUGUGAUUUCUCUGAUAAGUAUACCUGUUAAAUCUUAAAAGCAACUAUUUCUAUGUGCUUAGCCUCUCAGAUGACCCUUUAUAGUUUGAUGCGACGAGCAUGCCGCCAACAACAACAAAAAAAGGUCAAUCACGUGUUCUGUUUUGUCUAAAGGUAAAACCAUCCAAGCAACAACUUCGCUAAAUAAAGUCUCACACUGACAAGGCACAGUUCAGUGUAUUUAACAAAAACACCUGAUUAGCUCUGGCAUGGAAUAAAACAGCCAUAUAUAUAUACAUAUUGUUUAACUUUUGAGUCAGCAUGCUAAAAAUCCAUGUUCGUGCUAAGAUGUUAAAUCCCUUCAGAAGGACAAAUCUCAUCAUAGACAUACAGUAGUUUAACAUAGGCAGCAUAUACAGUACUGUAGUGGUCUUAACGAUAAUAACUUAAGUCCAUAUAGUAUGAAACAUGUUUAAACAAAAAUCACGAUAGCCUUUCAGUUCUGCAGUUUAUAGAAAAAAAAUAAAUAAUGAUGUGCCAAACUUUACAAUCCCUCCAGCAUCGUCAGUUCUUUGUUGCAUAGUUGAAUAAAAGCUCCAAAAAAUUGCAUGAAGUCACUCCUGACUUAUCUAUGUAGAUUUAUAUAAUGAGAUAGUGUAUAUAUGUCACUCUGUGUUACAGAUUUUAGGAGCAUUGUCGCGGCACUCGCCGUGAGAUGCAAUGGGCCAAUAAGUGCAAUAUUUUAUGAAUGAAACCCUGUACAUAGUUUCCUCCCGUCCCUGAGUACGACGACUCUAUCUGCAGUAUGAAUAAAGGAGUGUGCGCAUGGUUGCAGCCACUGAAUGUGUGAUUUAGUGUGUGUGUGUGUGUGUGUGUGUGGGUGGGUGUGUGUGUCUACCUGCCAUAUUGAACAGACAAAUUACGUAAUAUAGUGUAUUGUUUGUGUAUACCUUUUGUACAAAUGUAUUCACGUACUAUAUGCUGUUCCUGCUAACUGUUGGGUGUUGAUUGAACUUGUGUUAUCAUGUCAAAAAUGCAGUGUUAUUGUGAACGAUAGCCAGGGGGGAUAACUUAGUCCACACCACAUGCCGUACUGUUGUAAUUCCCAGACAAAGGUAAACUCACAAACUGGUUCAAAGACCCUGCUCAUAUGUGUGCACACGUGCUCUGUGCGUGUGCAUCUGUGUAUGUGUGUGACGAUAUCAUUUAACGCAAAUAGCCAUGACAGAAAUUAUCUUAUUGAUCCUCCAGUCAAGAUUCAUUUAAUAGAGGAGUAGAUACUAUAUGCAGCAGUUCAGAUGCCCAAACCGUCAUUCUGGUCAAAAUCUCAUCUUUAGAAACAGUAUGACUUCACAUAUAACUGAAUAUAUUUGUUUCUCCGAGUGCAAGCAAAGUAAGAAAUAAUAUGUUUUUGAGAUUAUAGGAAAUAAAUCAGAUUCUAUCAGUGGG